ACCCUAAAUAGUUCCAUCAUUUCAUUUUCCCAAAUUUUUAUAAUUCUUUGCGGCACCUACACUAACUCAGCAGGUUUAGCUGCAAAUUUUUAAUCCAUGGCUCCCAAAGGUGGUGUUGCCAAGGAAACUGAUGCCAAGUUGCAGGCAGUGAAGGCUGCAAAGGCAGUCAAAUCCGGGCCUACUUUUAAAAAAGCUCAAAAGAUCAGGACAAAAGUCACAUUUCAUCGACCCAGGACAUUGAAGAAAGAGAGAAACCCGAAGUACCCGCGCAUCAGUGCACCACCAAGAAACAAGCUAGACCAUUAUCGAAUUCUGAAAUAUCCAUUGACGACUGAGUCUGCCAUGAAGAAGAUUGAGGAUAACAAUACACUUGUGUUCAUUGUUGACCUCCGGGCUGACAAGAAGAAAAUUAAAGAUGCAGUUAAGAAGAUGUAUGACAUUCAGGCCAAGAAAGUAAACACAUUGAUCAGACCUGAUGGCACGAAGAAGGCGUAUGUGAGGUUGACUCCUGACUAUGAUGCAUUGGAUGUUGCAAAUAAAAUUGGCAUCAUUUAAGAUGACAGUUUUUUCUUCAUUUGAUUAUCCGUCUUGACUGAAGUGAGGUCAGUCUGCAUUUUUGAUAGGUGUAAUUCACUGUGUUAGGACUCAAAUUUUGUUUGAUUUCUUUAAGAUAUGUCAGCUUACUAAGAUUUCUGAUUUAGCUCUUUUUUAUUGAAUUUACUUAUAUUGCAGUGUUUACAUUUUGAA